CUGACAAAUCCACUCUUCUUCACAUUCAAGCAGUCCAGUCAAACUGAGUCAAUAAAAAUUAGUUUAGAAAAAGACUUAACAUAAUCUUAAAUAAAGAUCCUUCUUACUCCACAUAACAGAUUAUACCCAGUUAGUUUACUUAUUUCAAUCUAUAAAAUUUUAAACCCCCCACAUUUCUUGAUAAAAUUUUAACUAUUCAUCUUCAUCUUCUUCCUCUUCAAUAAUCAUGCCCAUCAACUUUAUUUUUUUCUAGUUUAUCAUAAUAUGGAGGAACUUCUUUGCCAAGAAAAUGAGAGUUGUCUUGAAUUAGAAGAACAACAAGAAAAAGAUAUUGAUGAUUUAGACGUGUUCAUUGAUUUAAGAGACAAUGUUGGUGGUGAUGAUCAUUAUGUGGAAAUGUUAUUUGAGAAAGAGAUCCUCCAAUUUAAUAAAUUCAAAAUGGAAGAUCAAUCUUUGAAUAGUUUUGACAACUGGGUCCAAUUUUCUAGAGUGGAUGCUAUCACUUGGAUUCUCAGAAGCAGAGAAAUCUUUGGUUUUCGAAUCCAAACAGCUUAUUUAUCCAUCACAUACUUUGAUCUAUUCCUUUCAAGAAGGUCAAUUGAUAAGGAUAAAUCAUGGGCGGUAAAGUUAUUAUCAGUGGCUUGUUUGUCACUUGCUGCAAAAAUGGAGGAGGUAAAAGUGCCGUUAUUAUCAAAUAUUCAGAUUGAAGACUACAGUUUUGAAAGCAAAAUAAUUCAAAGAAUGGAGCUUUUGGUUCUACACACGUUGGAUUGGAAAAUGAUUUGCAUUACUCCGUUUUCUUUUCUUCAUUAUUUCAUUAUUAAAUUCAAGAACGAAUCGUCGUCGAGGCUUUUGGUAUCAAGAACUGUAGGAUUCAUGUUGGCUAUAAUCAAAGAGAUCAAUUCGAUGGAGCAGAGGCCAUCUGUUAUAGCAGCAGCAGCAAUUUUGAUGGAAUUGGAUCAUAAGCUAACAAGAAAAGCAUUAGAGUGCAAAUUAGAUUUCAUUUCUUUACCAGCAUUUCUUGAUAUCGAAAAUGUAUUUGAAUGCUACAAUCUAAUGCAAAAACUGGAAAUGGAGAAUCUUAAAACAGAAAGGACUGUAAAUUUACCAGGUUACUGGUCUACUUCAGUUUCUUCUGCUAUUAGCAGGACAAAGCGAAAACGACUUGCAUUCAAUGAUUCUGAUCUAGACUGUGGAUUACCUGAUGAAAAACGGCAACGAUAGAUUUUUUUUUCUUUUUCAAGGUUUUGCCUAAUAUUUUAGUGAUGGCAUACGUAUAAAAAAAUUAGAAAUGUUUCUUUGAUUGUAUUUCCAAUUAUUAUUGCUUCAUAAAUAUAUGAUUUUCGGAGUUGAUUUUUGAGAAGAAAAUAAUUAAAAAAGUGCUUGUUUA